AUGUACGAGUACGAUGACCAGCAGAUGAAGGAGGAGGUGCAGCAGGCGCAGGCCGCCGCGGUGAUUCAGCGGCGCUGGCGCGAAUUCUUCGCCCGUCGUGAGGAAGAUGUCGAACUACGCCGUGGGAAGGCCUCUGUUGCUGCUGCUGCUGCUGCUGCUGCCGCCGCCGCCGUCGCGGAGGAAUCUGGGCGGGAGUCGGGCGAGGCGGAGCCGGAGGCGCUACUGCACGACUACACCUGCCUGCUAGAGCGGCGCGAGGAUAUUGUCGCGCGAAGCCUCAUGUGCCAGCGGCAGCUCGCACGCCACUUCGCGGCGCAGCGGCAGCGCAAGGGCGAGGAGCCCCCGCAGUCGG